UGUUACGGAUGUCGAAGGAGGAUUACUCAUUGCAGAAGUGCAAAAAUUUUUAGUGUAAUUAAAAUUAUUCUUUAGGUACUAUGAAUUUAAAGAAAUGAUUAAUUUCUUAGAAAAAAUUAUCGAUCUAACAAAAAUGUCAUAUGUAAUUCUAAAAAUAUCUUGACAAGUUGAUAAAAUGACUUGAAAAUGAAGAACGGAUGUCAUGAAUAUUUUGAUACAAAAAUUGCUGAUCGCAGCGAACAGGCUAAGAAAGUAUAUCGCUAUGUAACUGACGUCGCCAGACGCGUUGGUGAAGUUACUUCUGGAAGCAAAGAAAUUGCUGAUCUUUUCACUGUACAAAUUGAGAUUCAGCGCCAAAAACUACGGGAUAACUGUGAAAAGCUUUUUUUCUUAGAUCCUCUGAAUUAUGGUAAAAAGAGUUUAGAAUUGCUUUGGAGGAAGGUGUAUUAUGAUACAAUUUCCUCUGCAAAGAAACUACGUGAGUCAAAUAGUCAGUAUGAUGGUUAUAUACAAUUACUUAUAACUGGUGGAAUUGGACAAUUUCAUCACUUUAUGGCUAGAAUCCAAGCAGACAUGAAGAUACAGAUAAAAGACCUGGAUUAUUCACCAUUGUAUUACGACGAAGAAAAUGAAGAAGAUAUGAAUAAAGAAACACCUGAAGAUGAAAACCAGUUGGGUAGAACAGUCUUGUAUUCUUGCUUAAUAUAUCUUGGUGAUUUGAGUAGAUACCAAAUUGAGAUUUUCAAUAAUUUUGAGGCUUCAGUAGCUGCUCGAUAUUACCUACAAGCUGCCCAGAUUGAUUUAUCAUCUGGGAUGCCUUUCAACCAAUUAGGCAAUCUGUAUUUGGAUAAAAAUUACAAUUUGGAUUCUGUAUCAUCUUAUAUUCAUUGCCUUAGCUGCUUAAUACCAUUUGAGGGUGCUUUAGGCAAUUUAAAUAAAAUUUUUGAAAAAAAUAAUCAAUUUUGCAACACUGUUGUUGACAUGGAAACAUGUACUCAAUCUGAGCACCUACAGCAUACAAUUGCAAAUUUUUUCUAUUUAAUAGAAAAGUGGUAUUUUGGUAAGGAUGAUAUCAAUAUUUCAAAAAUGUGUAGUAAUGUUAUGCAACAACUCAAAAUUGCUAUGGACUUUAAAAGAAUUCCUUAUCCUGACAUAAAUAAGAAUUUUGAUGAUUAUACUCAAGCAGUAGAUGAGGAAAAUACAAAUCCGUCUUAUUUGAACCUUAACAUGAUUCACAACAUUGUUAAAAUAUGUCUCUUUACACUUGUAAGAGUUAAAGAAAUUGAUGAAAGUAAAGCGUUUUCUUGUAAAGCAUUUACUUUGGCAUUCUUGUCACAGAUCCUACAAAAAUUACAUACUCAAUUGGAGGCACUCGGACUAAAAAAUCCUGCUACUAAAUAUUAUUCAAAAUUCAAAAGCAAUAUAAUAAAUACAGAUUUAAAACCAAUUAGUGAUGACGCUGAGAUAGAAAAAACCGGUGAAAAAAAAAUUGAAGAGACUUUAAUUAAUGACAAUUCAGACGAACAUAAGGAAGAAAAAGAAAGUGUUUCUGAUGAUGGAAUAGAAGCAACUAUUUCAAAUGGAGAUGUAAAAAAAAAGACACCGCGGCGUAGACGUCGGCGCCGGGUGACAUCAUCAGAAAGCUCUAAUAAGAGUGACACUGAUUCUGAUGAUAGUGAAGUGAUGUCUGAUAAUAAUUGUUCUGAAGAUGAAGACUUGUCAGAUUCAUCCUAUCAUUCUGAAGAUGACCCAAGUGAAACUUCUGUGUCUGACAAUGAGUAUGUUGAAGAGAAGUCAUUGCCUACUAACAAAGAACAGACUAUAAAAGUUCCUAAUAAAACUGACACUGUCCCUCAAAGCAAUAUAAACAAUGGAAUUGAAAAUGAAAUAGAUGUGGAUGGCAUAAAAAACUUUUUGCUUGGAGAAAACUUUCUACCAAGCCUUAAGCUUUUGCAAGACUGGGCAAUGACUGAAAAAGAUUUAAUCCUAUCUUGUGGUGACAGUGGGGAAGCCCUAUUUCAAUGUGUAGUCAAUUUAUUGAAUAUUUUUAACCACUACUUUGAUCAUAUCAAUAACAAUACAUUUGCUGACAGUAAGUUACACAUUCUGGUGAAAGCCCAAAACAUUGCAAAGAAAUUUAAACUCGAAUUUAAAUCGAUACCAUUACCUGAAGAUAUAAACUUGAGAGGAACAAAUAUUGGAAAAUUUGACAAGGAUGCUGCUGAAUGGCAAAUUAUGGACAAGCUUAAGCCAACUGUAUGUGAAGAAAACAUAAUAAGGAUUUUAAAUUUUAUUGAUUUUGGAAACCAAAUAGCAAAAAUUGUUCCAAGGAUUAAAUUCAAUAGAACACUAAAGAUUUUCUAUUUAAAGAAAGUGUAUUCUCUUAAAGUGAAUACUAAAUUGAAUCAUAAAAGGAGCAGGGAAUGGCACAACUCUAAAAAAAUUUCAGAAAAAAAUGAAAGUGGACUUCUGCGACGCUUAGGUAGAUUGUGGCUUGCUUCUCGAGUUCAAGAGCUGGAGUGUACUGGACAGGCUGAAGGUCCUUCACUUCUGGCUGUAGAUACAUCAACAUUACAGAAACAUCUUCGUCGGGUAAAACAGCUGGUGAAAACUAAAAAUUUUAUAUUUUUGGUUCCUACCAUUGUGUUACAAGAACUCGAUGAAUUAAAACGUGAUUGUUCAGCUGCUCGCGACGCUAUACGUUGGCUUGAGUUCCAAUUGAAGAGUGGCUGCAGAUUCCUGAGAACACAAAGGCCAGGCCAGUCCAAGCCACUGCCACUACUGAAAUGUCCUCGCAAAGCUCCACCAUUCGUGCACAACUUCCUGCAAAUAUUAGAAUUCUGUAACCAUUUUACUGAAGAAAAACAAAGUCAAGGCGGCAAUGGUGAUCCUGAGAGCACAAUUCAAGCGAAAAGUGCGCCUCUCUUAGUUCUUCUUGUAGGCAUUGAACUAGGGAAGAGUGAGGAUCAAUAUAAGGAUUUUAGUCUUAUAGGCGCUGCACAGUCAGCCGGCGUAUCCAUCGAACAUAUUGGAGAGUUUUACACGAAGUGGCGCCACUCGAACCACAAGAACAGCAAGAAAAGAUGAAUAGCUGGCUUUGAUGAUUUGGGAUUCUGAAUAUUACGUGAAAUGAAUUCACGACUUGCAAAAACAUUGCGUACGUUCCGAUGGUAUGAAAUCUGCGAAAAAAUAACGAAAAUGGUCUGUGUAACGUGAUGAUAGGCUAGUGUCAUUAUGCGAAAAUUAAAAAUGAAUAGCUCUAUAGCAUAUUUAUGUUUCGUUUUGGUUAUUCUAUUUUAUAUGUUACAAUAUACGAUUUAGUAUGUUAUGGUAAUGUUUUGUUCUUUCUCAUGGGUUUUUUCACAAAAACAACUUGGUGUGACUAUAUAAUGGGUUUAUAUUUAGUCAUUGAUUAUGAAAUAAAUGAUAAACAUAA